AUGGAAACACAGCAAUUGGUAACGGUAGAAUUGAUGGACUUUUUCAAGAAGAGAGUCAAUGAUCAUUCCUCAUCGGAAAUGGAUUCCUCAAGGGAUUACUUUUCAAAAUUGAAAAACAAAAUGAUGGAAUCCAAAUACUGGAAAAGGAAGGGAUUUUCAAUGAAUUUUGAGUAUGCUGGUUGUUUUGAAGCUCCGAAUAUGAAACCUUGGGAUGUAAAAUUUAGUCCACGUUCUAAUUGUGUGAUUGUGAAUGAUAUUGGCACGGGCAGAAUUUUAGUAUUUGAUGCCACAACCAAACACUUCAAAACAACACUAUUGUUACCCCCAGAUGUGUUUCGACCACAAAAGUUGUUUCUUGAAGAGGAUUAUGAUGAUCAAGGUCAUGAUGCACUAUUAUUGGAUUACGAAGAUGAUCUUAAAAAUUAUUUUUUUUCAAUAUGCAAAUUUGAUUUCAAACAAUUAUUAGAGAAUUCAUUACGAGGAUUGCAAAGCAAUGUGAUAUGGACAACGCAUUGUGACUGUCCAAGUAGUAUGGCAGUUUGGAAAAAGAGUAGAAAAUUGGAAGAUCGAAUUCUUGUUGUGGUCAGUUACGAUGACCAUACGAUUAAAACUUUUCGAGCUCAAACAGGAGAAUUCAUUCAAGCACUUGAAUCUGAUCUUCCAGGGUUCACAAUAAGACAUCCAUUUGGAAUUGAUAUUAGUAGUAGGGAUGGACGGAUGUUUAUUUGUCAAACCCACCCUGCUCGUAUAAUUACCAUGCGAUAUGAGGACGAUAAGUGGCAUAUUUAUCGACUUCAAGAAUCUGAUGAACUGAAAAUACCUCGAGCUCUUGUUUUUGACCAAGUUUCACAACAUGUAUUUGUUUCGGAUAGAUACUCCAAAGGCAUUCAAGUAUUUAACAAAGAGGGUGAUUUUGUGAACACUUUUCGAUUAGAUGAAAAUGGAUUAUUGAACGAAAACCAGGAUGGACUCGAAGGAAUUUGUUUGAAUGAUGUAACAGGGGAGCUUUAUCUGUGUGAUUGGUCCAAUCGUAGAAUUAUCGUAUUUAAAUAG